UCGUAUCCAAUUAAACGAAGAGGCACUCGCCGUUCGCUUCGUCGCCGGCCCGAACCCACCUCGGAGAGCCGCCGCCCCACGAGGGGAGCCCCUCUUUCUCCGCGGGCCGCCGAUCAAGCUGAGCGAUUCCCACACUCUUCUUCUGGGAAGUAAGUACAGAUUCCCCUGACUCGCCUCCGUUCAUGCCGUCCGGGAAAUUCUCUUCGCGGGUCUCUCUUGGAGAGUUUCUGCGACUUGUCCAGAUGGGCACAUGUCUUGUUGUAGGUGUGUGUGUUGGUCGUGGCGGGGGUGUUAUUCCUGCGGCAAUGAAUACUCCUCCUCUGGACCUCGAUGUGGAGUGGAGGCAUGUGGAACAGUGGGUAGUGAAGCUGAAGAACUUUAUUGAGGGGCUCGACGACACGCCGCUCAGCUCAGAAGAUUAUAUGAUGGCUUAUGCAAGUGUUUACAACAUGUGCACUCAAAAGCCGCCCCAUGAUUAUUCUCAGCAGCUUUACGACAGAUAUGGGCAGGAGAUUAGAAAGUAUCUGCUCCAGACGGUGUUGCCAUCUUUAAGAUGUAAACACAAUGAGUUUCUGCUGAAGGAGUUUGUGCAAAGAUGGGAGAAUCAUAAAGUGAUGGUUAGAUGGCUUGCGCCAGUUUUUCAUUACCUUGACCGCUAUUUUAUUUCCCGGAGAAGUUUGCCUUCACUCAGGGACAUCGGAAUUAGUUGCUUCAGAAGUAAGGUCUUCGAAGAAAUAAAAUCUAAAAUUAGAGAUGCAGUAAUUGCACUGAUUAAUCAGGACCGUGAUGGCAAUCAAGUUGACAAAUCCUUGCUGAAGAAUUUCUUAGAUGUCUAUAUUGAAUAUGGAAUCGAAGAAAUACAAAGUGACUUUUAUGAAAAAGACUUUGAAGUAUAUUUGCUUGAGGAAACUAGGAUCUAUUAUUCUCGUAAGGCAUCAAGUUGGAUCGGGCAGGACUACAGUCACGUGGAGGAUAUAUGUCACAGUUACUGGUCAAAGGUCGAAGAAUGCUUGAAAAAGGAGAAAGAAAUAAUCUCACAAGUUCUAUUAUCAAGGAGUGAGCGGAAGUUGAUGGAGAUAGUCCAUCAUGAGCUCUUCACAGUCUACUCAAAACAGCUACUUGAAAUGGAGCUGUCUUACUCACUUGCAUUAGUUAAAGAUAAUAAGAUGGAGGAUCUUACAAGGAUGUACCGUAAUCAUAAAAUAUCUCAGUUCUUGGAGCCUGUAGCCAAAAUUUUUAAAGAGCACGUUAUCGCUGAAGGCACAGCCUUAGUCUCGCAGGGUGAAGAUGCUGCAAGCAACAAGGCUUCAGAUGAGAUCUCAGCACGGCAGCAGGUUCUUGUGGUGCAGAUAAUUGAGCUUCAUCACAAGUAUCUGGCAUAUGUUACCGAUUGUUUCUCAAACCACUUUCUGUUUCACAAGGCCCUUAAUGAAAGUUUCAGGACUUUCUUCAACUGGGGUCCUUCUGGUCUCUCAAGUGGGGAAAUGCUAGCAAUUUACUGUGACAAUAUCCUGAAGGCAGGUGGAAAUAGGAAACUAACUGAUGAAACAGUCGAGAAAGCGCUCGGAAAGGUUGUAGAAUUGGUUGCUUACGUUGGCGACAGAGACUUAUUUGCCGAAUUCUACAGGAGAAAACUUUUUCGGCGGUUACUUGUUGAUCAGAGUGUUGAUGAAGAUCGUGAAAAGUGGAUCUUGACUAGGUUUAAGCAGCAAUAUGGGCCAUACUUCACUUCAAAGAUGGAGACCAUGGUCAAGGAUUUGGAAUUGACUAAGGAUAUCAAGACCGAGUUCGAGCAGUAUCUCUCGAGUGACAAAAUUGCAAACCCUGGUGUAGAUCUGACAGUGAGAGUCCUCACUAGUGGAUUCUGGCCAAGUACCAAAACCACUGAUCUCAACCUUCCCUCUGAGAUGGUAAAGAGCAUGGAAGCUUUCACAGAUUUCUUUCAAAGGAGGAGGAAAAACCAGAAACUCACAUGGAUAUACUCAUUGGGAAAUUGCACUCUUAAUGGCAAUUUUGACCCGAAACCUAUUGAACUAAUCGUGUCAACAUAUCAGGCUGCGAUUCUGCUUCUAUUUAAUGGAUCGGAUCGAUUUGGGUAUGAAGAUAUCAAGGCACAGUCAAACAUGGCAGAGAAUGACGUAAUGAGAGUGCUGCAUUCCCUCUCUUGUGCAAAGUACAAGAUUUUAAAUAAGUACCCUAGUACAAAAACAAUCUUGGCCACUGAUGAGUUUGAGUUCAAUGCAAUGUUCACUGAUAGAAUGAGGCGAAUCAAGAUUUCUCUUCCACCUGCAGAAGAUAGGAGGAAGACAAUUGAAGAUGUUGACCGAGAUAGGCGAUUUGCUAUUGACGCUUCAAUUGUGCGGAUAAUGAAGAUGCGCAAGGUUUUAAGUCAUCAGCAGUUAGUUGCGGAGUGUAUUGAGCAGCUGUCUCGCCUCUUCAAGCCGAAAGUGAGAGCGAUCAAGAAGCAGAUUGAAGAUUUGAUCUUCCGAGAAUACCUAGAGAGGGACAAGGAUAAUCCAAUCUCGAUGAGAUACUUGGCAUAAUAUAAGCUAACUGAAAGGGAGAGUUGGUUAUACUUGUGAAUAGUCAGUGUUGGUGCAUAGACAACAUGACCGAGGAGGAUCAAUCAGCAUGAAGUUUUGCAAUUACUGUUGUUAGCUUCUGUUGUGGAUGUCGGGAACAGCAUAUUUUUCAUGUUAAAACUAAGGUUUCCCUUUCCAAUUUGGCAAACUGCACUGUGCCAUUGUGACGGUUCUUCGAUAAUUCCAUAAAAUUUAAUAAGUAUGCCUUAAAAUUCUACA